AUGACUCAUAUCUCCUCUAUUGCCGCCCAAAUGACGCCCCAGUUUCGGCACAGCCUCUUCACCAACCUGCCCACCGGGACGGGUGGUUGGUGGGUUGGUCCGUCGCUAGGCGGCUGGCCGAUUAGCAGGCCUGAACAGACCUUUAUCGUCUUGGCCGAACAUGUCACCCUUUUCAAGACACAUGCUCGGCCAUAUCGUCGCACUACAAAAGGUCGCCACAUGACCCGGUCACUUGCCGGACUAAACGAGUAA